CGCCAGCUCGCCUCACUUAUGGGUCGGAAGCGCUGCGUGGGGGAGACUGUUACAAGAUGGCGGCGGGUUGCUGCGGGGUGAAGAAGCAGAAACUGUCCAGUUCGCCCCCCUCUGGCUCGGGUGGCGGUGGUGGCGCCUCCUCCUCCUCCCACUGCAGCGGAGAGAGCCAGUGCCGAGCUGGGGAGCUGGGACUAGGAGGCGCCGGUACGCGGCUCAACGGGCUGGGAGGUCUAGCCGGAGGAGGUAGCGGCAGCGGCUGUACCCUCUCUCCCCCCCAGGGCUGCGGCGGCGGCGGCGGGGGGAUUUCCCUGUCGCCACCUCCGAGCUGCGGAGUGGGGACCCUACUUUCUACCCCGGCCGCCGCCACCUCUUCCUCGCCCUCCUCUUCGUCCGCCGCCUCGUCCUCAUCGCCCGGCUCCCGGAAGAUGGUGGUGUCAGCGGAGAUGUGCUGCUUUUGCUUCGAUGUGCUCUACUGUCACCUGUACGGAUACCAGCAGCCCCGGACCCCCCGGUUCACCAACGAGCCCUACCCACUGUUUGUAACAUGGAAGAUUGGUCGAGACAAAAGAUUGCGUGGAUGCAUAGGUACUUUUUCUGCCAUGAAUUUGCAUUCAGGACUCAGGGAGUACACACUUACCAGUGCCCUUAAAGAUAGCCGUUUUCCCCCAAUGACAAGGGAUGAGCUGCCACGGCUGUUCUGCUCAGUGUCUCUGCUCACUAACUUUGAAGAUGUCUGUGAUUAUUUGGACUGGGAGGUGGGUGUACAUGGCAUUAGAAUAGAAUUCAUCAAUGAAAAAGGAUCAAAGCGCACCGCCACCUACCUACCGGAGGUUGCAAAGGAGCAAGGAUGGGACCAUAUUCAGACCAUAGACUCCUUACUGAGGAAAGGAGGAUACAAAGCUCCGAUUACUAAUGAAUUCAGGAAAACCAUAAAACUGACCAGGUACCGUAGUGAAAAGAUGACGUUGAGCUAUGCUGAAUACCUUGCUCAUCGCCAGCAUCAUCAUUUCCAAAAUGGCAUUGGGCAUCCCCUUCCGCCAUACAACCAUUAUUCCUGACACUGAGCCGCACAGCCAGUCACUGGGCCUCUCUGCAGACCUCUUCCCAGGAGACCCUACCCCUUCUUGGUCUAGCUAUCUCUUUUACUGUACCAUUUUAUGAUGAUAGUUUCCGUUGCCAUGGUGAAGCUUCGACAUCGUCAAUUAAGAUCAUCAUGGUAACGGGUAGGAAAAUGGCAUUUGUUAAGAAUAUCCUGUUUUAUUAUUUUAGAUCAUUGAUUUUUUUUUUUUUUGCAGCAUAUAGAACUUUUGAGGUUUUCUUUCCUUACAAUAUGCUAUAGGAUUUUGCUUUGCUAUCUCAAUCAGGUAUCUGUCUUUCUGUCCUUCUUGCCUUCCUUCUUUCUAUCUUCUCUUCCUUCCUUCCUUCUUUCAACUGUGGAUGGAAGAAAUUGUGCAGUUUUUAAGGAUUUUGUUUAGGUUUUUCUUUAGUUUUCCUCAGUAAGAUAGAUAAUUUUUGAUAGGUGAGUUUGGGAGUAAUUCAUAUCAAAUUCAGGUAUUUGUAUAUUACUCUUGAAUUUGUCUAAAAUUCAUUUUGCUAUGAAAGCUUAGUAUGUGACUCUUCACUCCUUAAGUAUAUGUUUUUCCCAUGGUUAAAAUAUAUGAACUUUAGUUCUAGUGUAGAACAUUCGAAAGUCCGUACUAGGGCUUGUCACAGAGAAUGAGAAAUCGUUGAUGCCUGUUAUGCUGAUUAUCACAAGAGAGACUGCCUCAUCACUUUAUAGAACCCACUUACAAACUAAAACACUGUUUUAAGAAAGUACAAGCUACCUUUCAAAUGUUACAGAAGUCAUUUUUGAAGAGCAGCAAAUAUCAGGAAGAGAGCAGAUACAGAAUUUAGUGCCUUUGAGAAGAAUAUAAUUAAGUGGAAUUAAGGGUUAGAAAAAAGGCAAUUUAAAGAAAUAUUCUUGUAAAAUUUUAUUGUUUCUAUAUGCGAAACAACAGAUUAGACAAAUUCUUUACUCUUAAGUAUUUUUAUAAGCUGAGAAAAUUUAUUUUGAGCAAAUAACCAAAAAAAGACAUUUGUCUAUUAUAUAUUAAUUUAAAUUUGUUAGCUUUAGGUCUCAAUAAGUCAUGAUUGGCCAGAGACAAUUUUAGCUACCAUUUAAAAAAAUGGUAGAGAUAAUCUAGUGAAACAAAAGUUCAUAUAUGCUAUGAUUUCAGCUGUUUGUCAUGGGGACAAUACUGGAGUU